GGGUUCCAUCUUCCAUGUCUAGUGAGGAAGGUUUGAAAAGGCUGGUGAACACAGAAGAAAAAGGAAAAGCUGCUGAGGCUUCAAACAAAUAUCAAAUUUGGAUUUUGGGUAGGAAAAAACAUGGCUGCAAGCAUCUUUUCCAUUGCACAGAAAUUAGCUUUGAUGAUAUCAAAUGAAUAUGAUUUCCUCUCCGACGUUCCGGAUCAAGCCCAAUCGCUAUGCAAGGAGAUCAGUUUGAUGACUUCCGCUUUGCAAGAUGCCAGUGAGAAACAUCGAACAAGAAAUGAGGUGAAAGAAUGGCUGAACCAGGUUAGAGAUGUUGUCAUGGAUGCAGAGGAUGUGAUUGACUUCUUUAUCUAUGUAGCACAGCGACAACGGCACAGAAACAUCUUAACUAGGUACACUAUCUGCUACCCCAAUCAACUAUAUCAUCUCCAUCAGUUAGGGAAGAAAAUGGAAAAUUCCAUUAAAAAGAUGAGCCAGCUUUCAGUUAGGAGAUCUACUUUGGGGCUUGCAAUUUCAGAGGAAGGGGAAAGUUCAGUCGGUAGUAUGAUAUCGAAUGAACUAGACCAGUUGCCUUUUCGACGACGUCGGGGAGAUCUUGUCCAAGAAUUCUCUAUCAUCGGAUUCGAAAAGGAAGAGGGAGAUAUAGUACAGAAGUUGCUGAUACCCAUAGAGUCCCCGCGGCCAUCUCCUAGUGUUGUUUCAAUAGUAGGAAUGGGCGGUAGUGGCAAAACCACCCUUGCUAGAAAAAUCUACAAAAGGAAUGAUGUCAAGAGCCACUUUCAAAUAUGUGCCUGGAUUUCUGUCUCUCAACAAUACAGUAUAAAAGAUCUUCUCCAUGUUAUCAUGGAACAGAUCAAGCCCCUCACCCCUGAGGAGAAGAAGGAGCUAAAUGUUGAAAGCCUGAUGCAUAGGCUAUCAAGCCAAUUGAAAGAAACAACCUACUUAAUUGUAUUCGAUGACUUAUGGAGGCCUAAAGACUGGAACUUGUUGAAACAAGCCCUUCCAGUUCAGGGAGAUGACUUUCAAAGCAGGGUGUUGGUUACCACUCGCAAUGAAAUCGUAGCUAGAUGUGCAGAUCCCUCCGUAACUCCCUUUUUCUUGCGCCUUUUGGAUGAAGACGAGAGUUGGAAGCUCUUCCUCACAAAGUUGAUGAUCGGUUGCCCAGAAGAUUUGGAGGAUUUGGGACGGCAAAUUAUUCACAAGUGUCAUGGAUUGCCAUUGGCCAUUGUAGUAUUAGGCGGUCUCUUAUCCAUUAAACCGAGGACACAUAAUGCUUGGUCCAAGGUUCUUGAUAGCGUAAAUUGGGAGCUGAAUCAGAAUGAAAGGAAUUGCAAACAAGUAUUGGCUCUGAGUUAUACUGAGUUACCAGAUCAUUUGAAGCCUUGUUUCCUCUAUUUAGGUCUUUUCCCAGAAGACUAUGAGAUUUGGCGUAAUAAAUUGAUCUGGCUAUGGGUGGCUGAAGGUUUCGUACAACCAAGGGGACAUUUGACGAUGGAAGAUGUGGCAGAGGAUUAUUUGGAGGAGCUCAUUCAAAGAAGCCUGAUUCAAGCACCAGUACGACUUUAUGAUGACCGUGUCACAUAUUUCCGUAUCCAUGAUCUUAUCCGAGAUCUAGCAAUUUCAGAAGCCAAGCAAGAGAGAUUUCUUGAAGUUCUUGGGAGUGCUGAUCAUAGUUUGAUUUCCACAAAUAAAUCCCGUCGGCUUUCGCUCAUUGAACACACUGGAGGAAUGCGUGGUAGUCCAGCUGCUGCUCUAAACCAAGGUACUACACCAAAUAAUCUCCGUUCCUUAUUUUGCUUACAUUCUAAGGGGAACAUGGAGAUGAUCAAGAAGUCUUCUUAUGGAGCCAUGAAACUGCUUAGAGUCUUAGAUCUACAGGGUGUAAAAUCUAUAUCAAAUAGCUUGCUCAAGCAGAUUGGGAAACUCAUCCUCCUUACGUACUUGAACUUACGUGGCACCAACAUCAAAGAGCUUCCAUCUUCAAUAGGAGACUUGCGAAAUCUACAAACUCUCAAUUUACGAUAUACUCGUCUUAGACAGCUGCCUAACACAAUAAUGAAACUGAAACAGCUUAGAAAUCUUGUUUUCUCUUCUUCACCUCACGAUGGAAUCCAGAGCUUCGAUUACCCUCUUGAUCAAAUGAUGGACUUGCAGAUACUAAUGCUAAAUGAAGGCAAAUGGAUUGACAGUAGCCUCGAAAAGUUGACUAAUCUGAGAGCUUUAAGUAUAGAUUCAUCUGGAAGUAUGUCUCCAUACAAAGAGGUAUUGUUAAAUGCCCUCCCCAGAUUGAACCACCUUCGAUGCCUUCAACUCAAAGACUGGACACGGAUCGGAGGCAAUGAGGCAGUAGUCCUUCCUGUUUCAUUUUCUGGCCACUUGGAGCUCCAUCAUAUGGAUUUGCUCGGAAUAUCUGGAAUCCUAGAUUUUCCCCCAAAUCUCACCACCUUAUCAUUUAAUUCACCUGGUGGACAAGGGAUAGAAGAACUGAUGGUGAACCUAAAGAAGUUACCCAAACUAAGGUGCCUCGACUUGACUAGUGUUGAUGAUCUUGGAUCCAACGUCAUUUUCUCUGCUGAUGGGUUUCGUCAACUUGAGGAAUUGGUGCUAAUGUACUUAGGGUUCACAGUGGAGGAAGGAGCAUUACCAAACCUUAGGGUUUUAAAUAUUAUAGGCAGUGAUGAGUUAAAAAGGCUUCCAUGUGGGUUGAAACAAGUGGUCACUCUUCAGGAACUUACCUUGGGAUUAAUGUCAGAUGAGCUUCAAGACAGGGUUCGAAAAGAUGCAGGAGAAGAUUGGGAUAUUAUUAAACACAUACCCUCCAUUAAGAUUGAUGAAUCUAAACAUGGUUUCAUCCUUCCCAACGCUUGUCAAUAUGAUAUUGAUUCUUGGUGUUGACCCAUUGAUUCUUAUGAUUCAUUUCUUUUGUAUUUACUACUGUCCAAGGACUGGGUGAUAAAGUUUUAUUCUGAAUAUAAUAUCCUUAGUUUUUCUAUGCAAUAAUAAAA